UCACGUCGUCGACUCCCCCCUGUUACUGUCUCUGUCAACAGACCAAUGACAUGCGGCUUCUUUGAUCGACCAUGUCGCGCUGCUGUGAAUCUUGAUUCACGGCCACUUCAUCCUUUUUUCGUUCCAGGAAGGCUUGUGUCGGGGAUGCGAUAGGCUGGGCUGCUCCUCGUUCCGCCUCGAGAUCGGUGACAGCAGGAGUCGAUCCCGAUUGCGGUCGCGAUCCCCGCGAGAGAGGAAGCGGAGCGCGGAUGAUAGAGGCAGCCGGAGUCGUGGUGCUCGAGCAAGGGCAGAAUCGGCAACCAACGCGCGGCACAUGAACGUCUCCUGUCUCUUUUUCCAGUAAUCACAACAUGAGCAGUAGCUGACGACGGUGCGGAUCAAGGAGGAAAGGGGAAGGAAGGGAAACAAAAGCAACGGCACAGGCGGCAACGGCAGAGAAGAGCGCCGAAAGUUAGAUUUCGGCCGCUCGCUCUCCUCUCUUUGUAUGCCUCCAUUCAUGGGAGAUCGAAGACUCUUCUUCCUCCCUCGCUUCCGUGGUUCGUCGCUUUGUUCUGUUCCUUCCACGACGGUAGCUUAGGGUCUUUGACAAGAGAUUCUUGAGAUGUGAAGAAGUGCUUGUAUCUGUGAUGACGACGACGACGAUGGCGUCGACGAAAGGUGUUUUGGACCUAAACCACUUGCCGCCACCGGACUACGAGGACCACGUGAAGGAGGAACUGAAGCGAGCGAUGAUUCAGCACGAGAUCUUAUUCAAGCACCAGGUGCGAGAGCUCCAUCGCCUGUAUUGGACGCAGAAGAAUUUGAUGAAUGAUGUUCGCUGGAGACGAUCUGAUCGCGUAUCGUCUCUCGAGGCACAGAAAGAACGCAAGGGACCGGUGGAGGAGGUAAAAGCCGGCAGUGUGCGACAUGGCUGCUCCACGGCGAAAUCGAUGGGGAUGCAGAACACUUCAUUUGAAUUGCGUGCCAACGAUAGGAGGAACUUCGAUCUUCAACUUCCUGCAGGGCAUGUGAAGGUCGACUUCAGUGCUACAGAGGUUAAGAACAAAUCUGGCCAUAGGACGACAGCCAAGUGUUCCCAUUCUGUGCAUCAGACUGAAAGAUGGCAAGAACUCGACUUUAUCCACUCAGAUGCUGGAUUAGAAGAAAAUGGAGGCUCUGUAUCUCCCAAUUUUCCCACCAAGAAGAAACAACCAGAAUACAAACUUACACACAUUGACCUGAACAUAGCUCAAGAUGAUGAAUCUAAUACUUUUUUUUCAAAUACUGUAGAAACACUUCAUUCUCCAUCAACAAGUUCAUCAAUUGUCCACCAUGGAGAUGAUUUGAGAGUAUCAAGCAUCAAAUCUGAACAAAAAGAUGGGAGUGCAAAAGAAUCCACUGUCACCGAUCAGCUUGCUGUUGUAUCCCCUGGUUCAGAAAAUUCAAGGGAAAAGAGUGCUGACUCAUUGCCUCAUGAACAUAUAGAUUCCUAUCCUUCUUCGGUACAAGCUUCUGAACAGAAUAAUAAUGCCAUAGAGAAUAUUUGGAACUACAAAGAGUGCAUUGUUAAUAAUGAAGAUUGCAGAUCAGGCAUCAGAAUCCCCGAAGCAUGUUACAAAAAUUUGUUGGAAAGAUUUUCGAGUGCCUACAAUGGGGGAGCCCAGGACAGUACAAAUAGGACAGUACUUGCAGGCUUACAUGAACCUGGAAUGGAAAAUAUUGACUCAUUUAUCAGCCCACCUAAUCUUGUUGUACAUGGUGAUUCGAAAAAGAAUAUUUUAAUUUCCAGUAAGUAUAGGGAACACAACUGCUUGCAUGCAUCAGCUGGGAGUACCACCGAUCUGCCACCAGAAGCUGCUGGAGAUGUGGCAGAGAAAGAGACAAAUAUUGAUGGGAGUGAAGAGGAUACGGUAUCAAGUCAUGCCAUAGUUCCAGAUGAAUGUCAACAAAUUGAACUUAAGGAGUCUCCUAUUGGGUUUAAGCCCAAUCAGUUAGCUGGAAACAGUGAAUGGGCCUCAAAGGAAAAAAGUGUCGUAGAUCAUGCAGUUAUCUCCAAAUCAGAGAACUCUGCAACUACACACAUAGACUCAGUGAUGCCCGAAAGGAUUUGCGGCCAACAGGUUUCAGAUGUUAAUGGCUCUGACUGUAUCUGCAGACAGGAUGGACAAAUAUCUGAACAGCAGCUUGCUUUAGUAGAGGUAGAUCAUGUAAUUAUCAAGGCAGCUGAGAUACUUGCAUCUAUUUCUUCAGAGAAGCCAUUGUGUUCGGUGGAUCAAUUGACUAACAAUGGGCGGAUGGAAUUUUAUUGUGAAGAAGGCAAUGAUCAGCCUCAGUCUUCUGAUUCUUUUGAGAUGGGAACACUGAAUCUAGAGGAGAUAAGAGAUAAUGGAAUUUCAACCUGCGCCAAACAAAUUGACAAUGAGACUAGGAAGGACGUAUGCAAGUUUAAGCUAGGUAGGGGAAUGCGGGAUUUCCAGAAGGAUAUAUUGCCAGGGAUCAUCUCUCUUUCGAGGCAUGAAAUCUGUGAGGAUCUCUAUGCCAUAAAGUAUGAGCUUGGGAAGAAGAGGUCUCACAGGACCAGUGAGGAAAAUUGGGUGGUUCCUGUUAGAAGUAGGCGCUCAACCAAGGCCUUAAACCAUCGGUAGAAGGAAGCCAGAAUAGAAGACAUAAGGAGCACCGGUCCUUCUCACCUUCAUACUUGAUGCAAAAGCUUGUGCAUCAAAGACUCCAGAUUUGGAAGGCAUAUACAGAUAAUAUUCGUGCCCAUGAUAAGAUAGACACAACCACAGGAGAAAGGAUACUCCAUAUCUCAUCACCAGAAACAAGAAAUAGAUUUGAAUGAACAUCAACUUGGAAGUCUCUCCUUUGGAACAUUCCGUCUAUAGAUGCAGAAAUCUGUAUGCCAACCGGACUCCUUAAAGUCGCUUCGUUCACUCCAUUUAUGACAUAACAAAAGAAAGAGGUAAUUUGGUAUGCAAGAAUUGGUUGGUGCACAAUAUGCGACCUCAGAAGUGUAGUCAACAUCUUUCAAGGCCUUAUCUUCCAAUGGUGGAUCUUCCACUCACGAUGUGGCCCUCACUGGAUGUGAACAUCAAUUCAAAACAGAAGCUCUCUACAAGACAAGAAGGGAAACCUGAAGCACCAGAAGAUGCCCCAAAGCUCGGUCUUUAGAUUCUCCAGCUGUGGGAGAGUUGGUAAAAGACCACAAGAACCGAGAGAGAUCCCGGUAGCUAAUCAACCAUGGAGUAUAUUACCCUACUGCAAACUCACAGGAAUCCUUCAUGUUUUCUCCCAACCAUAAGUCCAGUGGAAACUGUACUCUCCUCAUCUCACGAUGCAACGAAGGUUGAACUUUUCAAAGUCCCCAAGCUGUGCGAAUCUCACAUUGACCGUAAGUCAUUUGAACAAAUACCAACCUACAAACAUCAAAGCCUUCUUCUCUGUACUAAUAAGGUUGAUUAGGUCUCCAGUUCAGUUGAUUUUGACUGCUUUAGUUCAGUGGACCAGCAAUGCGAUGCAAUGCAAGCUGGGGAAGAACAUGCAGACAGCUGCCGAGAUUCACUGUAAAUGAUCAAUAAAUGUCACAGCUUCACAGAC